AUGAAAUUAAGAACCAUGAACGCUAAGACUGUCGCCUACACAUCUAUUGCGCUUUCUAUUGGGGCGACUGUGAUGAUCGCCCUGUUCGCAUCACGCUUAUCCAGUGUGCUUGGAGAGAUUUCUGAAGAAAUGGAGAGGGAUAUGAACGAGUUUAAGGAGAUGGAAAAGCAGGCAACGUGCGUUUCUUGCAAACAGUGUUUUAUUGACUUCUGUGGCCAACAAGCUGUAACAGGCCUACGUCCAGUUUUGCCGGCGCUAUUGAUAAUCCACGUUCGUGUUGGCCGUGCAGCAAGGAGAAGACCAACACAACGCCGUUAUCGCCAGACCGGUGGAGAAUGUCAAUGUCGCCAAGACAGCAACUGUCCUCGAGGUCCUCCUGGAACACCGGGUUUGCCUGGAGAGGAUGGGACUCCAGGACAGCCCGGAUUGCGUGGAGCACCAGGGCUACGUGGUAACUUCCCCGCAGUUGCGAUGGAUUCACGUGGACAGUGCAGAGCUUGUCCGAAUGGACCGCCUGGACCGCCAGGACCUCCAGGACUACCUGGACUACCGGGUGCUCCUGGGCCAAGCGGCGACUCUCUCUCAUCUGGCACACCCGGCUCACCGGGACUCCCAGGGCAAGCGGGUUUACCCGGAGAAGGUGGUCGCCCAGGUCAACCAGGACCUGCUGGAGAUCGUGGUCAGAAUGGAACUCAAGGCAGCAAAGGACCACCUGGUCCAGCAGGCCAACCCGGUUCUCCUGGAGAAAACGGAGCUCCUGGUAUGCCAGGACCACCUGGCCAGGAGCCCCCAGGUGCAGUACCUGGACCACCUGGUCCUCCUGGUGCACCCGGAGCCCCCGGAGUACCCGGUAUUCCUGGUGGUCCCGGCGGGGCCGGAACUGUUGGAAAGGAUGCGAAUUAUUGUCCUUGCCCACGUCGUGAUCGCGUUCGUGCACGUACUGGAAAGAAAAAGUCAAACCCACAUGGAGAGUGCAGAAAUUCCGAAAUUAAUGGUCAGAAGACUAUAUUAACUGACUCUUCUACAGAAAUUGCUUCAUUUGGGAUUAUGUAG